AAAGGAUGUGCAAGGAAUUAUUCGUGCACUUAAGACUGAUUUUUCAGAAUUAAGGAUCAAGGAAUAUCACGGUAAGUCUGAUCCAGUAGAAAAGGCUCAUGACUUUAGCAACGUAGAAGAAUCAUGGAAAGACGUAGACCUAGUUGCCUAUACUAGUACUCUAAAGAUAGGAGAUUAUAUAUGUCAUAUUGAGCAGAGAUCUUCUAACGUUCCCAUUAUAGAAAAGGGACUAUUUCAGUGGUUAUUAAAUGCUAAACGUGAAUGUCUUCCCCGAGAACUUCAGAAUAGAGGAAUAUUUCCAGAUAUUGAUUCUAUUAUCCGGAAUAAGGAUGUGCCAACCAUUCGAUUGUGGGUAGCAUUUAUGUUAGAGAAAUUCCGUUCUCAACGAUUAUUUGGUUGGAGAAUGAUCAAUUUUCUCAGAGAGGCGGGUAUGAUAAUUUCUAUCAUAGAACCCAUUCCUAAGUCUGAUGAAAACGUUGUAUCAUUAUCCCAAGCUGUGAAGGUAAAUUCCUCUAUAGUUAAAGCAGAGGAGAUAUCAGAUAUAUCCAAUGCUACUAUUCUCGAUCGUGAGACUGCAGAAUUUUUAGAGAAUAAAUCAAAGAAGACUUUAGAUGAGAUGAGGUCUCUGGAUCGACAUCAUAUUGUAGAUUGCGAUGAGAUUCUGCCUGAAUUAUUGACUGAGGAUUUCGUCUCAAAAUAUGGAAAUUUUAAUCAUAUAAAAUG